CAGCUCAGGACAAGGUACAGGCAAUUUUCACUUGGGUGGUAUAAGCAAGCUCGGCCCCCCAAAAGUUAGCACACCAUUCACUCAGUGUGUAACUCCAUUGAGUUCUAGCAUGUGGAUGCACACACACUGUGUGCUUUUCCCUCCUUUUUGUGGAGUUUUCUACUCUUUGUUGUGAUUUUGGUGGAUUAUGUGAUCUGUAUAUUCUGUAUGAUUAUCCAAAUGGUGUUUGUAGAUCUGAAUUGCACGCUUACAACAAGGUUUUUCACCUGAAAGUGCGAUGGAAGCUGUGAUGGUUUCGGUGUGAUUUCUGGAUACCGUAUUGUUUCUGUGAUGUUAGAAGUUGACCGCGAUUUCAUGGAUUGCAGUUUUGCUGCAUUUUAGGAUUUCUGUGGAUAGUGUCUCCUCUUCGCAAUGUGAAAAGGGAAUGACAGGAGUUGACGGCGGUAAAAGCAAACUCAAUCCUGCAGAUACGGUACAACAUUUUGCUGCCUAGUUCUUACUUCUGAAGAAGUUAUUGCUUCUGCAUGCAUAUCUGCAGAUAUAUCGCCGUGAAUUUACCAUAGACACAAAUACAUAAUAGGUUUUGAAGAAUUGAGAUCUAUGUAAGAGCUAUCAGUUUGUCUGAAAAAUUUGGAGAUUUGAGUGAAAACUCAAUUUCAUGACUACUUACCACAUUCCGACAGUUUGCAGCACAGAUGACAAACAGUUAACCAGAACAUUAUCAGCAAUACAUCAUAUAUAUCAUACCUUUAGUUCAAGAAAAAACACAACUGAAGAUUUCAAGUGAGAAAAAUCCCCAUUUUGAAGGAGCAAAUGCCCAGUUUGUCAGGUCUUGAUUGACAAUCUGUACAAGUGUGGUGAAAUCAUCAAGUGUUACUCUAAUUCAUCAAGGAUACAACUAUACUCGGAGUUGGUAUACCAACAACACAUACACUAUCUGCCACUAAUUCCGACCGCCUUCCAAGUCUACAAGUGUGACUCAGGCACAUGGACCACCCAUAAUAUCUUUCUUUCCUCUCUCACGAUGGAUUGAUCAGGAGUACAAUGGAUUAAUGUCUGACAUUCACCUGCCAUUAGAAAAUUCACAGAAAAUUCGCCGAGGUACCGGGGUGAGUCGUCCCCCUAGCAGUCACAUCACCCGCGUGGAUGAGGAGCCGACAACCUCUGACCCCAGUAGGGCCAAGUCACAAUCGGUUGAAACUGUCGACCGUGGUGUAGGACCCACACCCCUGCCUCCUCCCCAUCUAGAACCCCGGAUACCGUCCUACAUUGGAGCAUUACCACCUUAUGUGGAUCCUCGGAAUGGACUAGUUGAUUCACCCUAUGGAUAUCACUACAGUCAUGUGCCAUACCCUAUAAAUGCACCCCUCCCCAUCAACGUCUCCACAUUGGAAGGCAGGUACCACUGGCCUCCCGCAAGUCCCUACCACCAGCCUGUUCCAGGGUUGCAAGCGGCCAGUCCCGCCCAAUCAGAUAUUUCAUUGCUUAGUAUGCGAAGUCACCUUAUGAGCGGGGAAACAGUCACUCACCUGGCGUCUCGUAUACACUGGGAACAGCUUCAACGCAACUUUUACCAGAGUCCUUUCUCAGGCCGAAGAUUCAGCCCAGCUAGUCUACCUGGUCUACCUCUACCCGGCUCGGGGUCCUUCAGUGACUACCCACCGCCAUCAUUCAGCCAGCGGAGUAUAUUCUCGGAGAUCCCCCCAACACCAGGGAGUGGCAGCAUCACACUGCCAGGCUCUCUAGAGAGUUCUCGUCUAACGAGUCCACGGCCUAGUAUUGGUGGGGGAAGAAAUCGGAAAAGAGCUUUAUCGCAAUCCCCGAUCUCCGACUAUCUGGACAUUCAAAGUUUAACGCGAAGUUCAGAGGGGUCCCUCCAACUGACGCCCUUCCUGCAUCACAACUCACGGAGUUCUAGUGCUGCCAGUGGCUCCUAUGGCCAUCUCUCUGCAGCCUCCCUAGGGGCAGCCAGCCCUGCACACCAAACAAUACCACAAAAUCCAUAUCUCCGUCAUGGGAGUCUCCCUGGCUCCCCCUUCUUCUACCCCUCAGUGAUGCCCCCCAUGGUGGGGCGGGUCCCCCCUCAUGGACACACCAUCCUCCCUCCAUCAUCACAGUCUCUCAUACCACCAUCCAAGUUUGACCCACAGUCUCAGAUCUCGACAACGGCAGCUCGCGAUGCCGGCAGCAGCGUUGUCAGCAGCACCAUGGAUCCGUCCUCCGAGGCCCGCAAGUCGAAGAUAAAGAAGGAGGUGGAAUACCAUGAGGAUAUUUGCGAUGAAGAAGACGACCGUCGGGAAGGCCUGCACAAAGAUGGACACAUACCUCAAGAAGGGGAACCAGAUUUUAUCGAGACACACUGCCACUGGGUAGAUUGUUCUCGGGAAUUUGAAACUCAGGAUGAACUUGUUAAGCAUAUCAAUCAGGAUCACAUCCAGGCCAACAAGAAGUCAUUUGUGUGUCGGUGGAAGGAAUGCUCCAGGGAAGAGAAGCCCUUCAAGGCGCAGUACAUGUUGGUUGUUCACAUGCGACGACACACCGGGGAGAAACCUCACAAGUGUACAUUUGAAGGUUGUUCGAAGGCAUAUUCACGACUUGAAAACCUUAAAACCCAUCUUCGGUCUCAUACGGGUGAGAAGCCCUACAUGUGCGAGUUCCCAGGAUGCACCAAGGCGUUCAGUAACGCAUCCGACCGGGCCAAGCAUCAGAAUCGAACCCACUCCAAUGCUAAACCAUAUGUAUGUAAGGCAGCAGGCUGUACGAAACGCUACACUGACCCCAGCUCCUUGAGGAAGCACGUCAAAACCGUCCACGGUCCCGAGUUCUACGCAAACAAGAAACAUAAAGGAAAUGAUCAAAUCACCGGCUGCAACCCCAAGAAAGAAGAGCCCGAUGAUGACAAGAAAGAUGAUGACCAGUGCAAGAAGAUGGAGGAGUGUCUCAUGGUAACUUCAUUACAGACGUCAGCACCAGGAGAUAGAAGAAAGUCACAGGAUAAUGUGGGGUCAUCCGUGUCUCAAAACAACCCAUCACCCCAGAGCAGUCCUGAAGUCAACGUGACCAACAACAUCCAGCCCGACACCAUCGAGGAGCAUCUGAGUGGAGGAACCCACAUCACAUCGUCAGGGGGAAACCCUGGGAGCAUCUCAUUGGAGGAGGAGGAGGAAGUCGACAUCCCAGAACCAGACGAGGCAGAGGUACCUGGUGGAUCCGAGUCCCUGUUGGUACGUCGCAACCAAAUAAAUUCUGGCCAGGUGAUGCAGAACCGAAUGAAAGGCCGAAUCAACAACAAAAGCAACUCUCUGUCGGUCUACUCCCAGUUGCCUCCAAUAAGCCCAAAUGGUCGGCGCUGCAACAACAGUUCGAACGACUUAAAUGUCAAGAUGACUCAGAUUAAAACAAGUCCACCUCACAAACGUAUUGCUGAUCUGGCAGGUCGCACAGAGCUGCAGACUCAGAUGAUCUAUGGUGGCGGACGCCGUGACAGCAAUACCAGCACCCUCAGCUCCUACAUGAGCAGCAUGAGGUCCGACACCAGCCCCUACCCCUUCGGUAGUCAGUUCUCCAGUAGGAGAUCCAGUGAAACAUCACAGCUCUCGUCCAACCGAUUGAGCAUCGCCAACUCUCCGUACGAGUACGACAUCUCAGGAAAUCUGCCCCACCAUGCCUCCAGGAGGUCGAGUGAGAGUAGUAACAUUGGUAAUGUGGCCAACAUGAUGCAGAAGGCCCAUCUCGGGAGCCAUCCCAAUUUGGUGGUGCAGUCUCAACAGAUGCCAAUCCGAAGUCCCGCUAGCAAAUACUGCAAUGAGAAUAUUGCAAGGUUCUUCGCCCACCGGCGGGAGAUGGAAGGUGCACGGACCAGCACGCCCUGUCGCACGCCACUGCCUCACGAGAUUCCCAACCGGGAGAUCAGGAGAGCCAGUGACCCUGUACGGACUGUGGACCACAGUUUCCGUGACCUGAAGCGGCUUCAGCGCUACCACAGUCUGAAUGUCAUGAAGGUUCUUCCUGUUCCGCCUAGUAUGAAGAGUCUGCAAGGAAAGUGUGGGUCAAACAACACCUUUCACUCUUCCAGAAGCAGCAUCGCUACUGACUACAGCGUCGCAGAGGAUGCGGAGUACGGAUCCCCUGGAAACAACAUGGAGACAUACAAUGAGCAAUCACUGGAAGAGAAGAUGCUGGAGGAUAACGAGGAUAUGAUAAUCCCUGACGACAUGCAGAGAUUCCUGAACGAACGCUACGCAGGGUAUGACCCUCAUCCGCCAGAUAUGGAGCAAAGGAUGCAAGGGAACUUUCCGUCUCAAAACCACAGUCCCAAUAACCAAUACUCAAACCAGCAACCCUCGGUGCCACAUCCCUAUAGCAACAAUAUACAAAUGCAGUCUGGUUUCUAUGACAAUCAGGGUAUGAACUCUAACAUGAUGUGCGGGAAUAAUGGUCAGCAGUUUAAUAAUGGUGGCCAGUGUGGGCCUGGCAUGAUGCCAAACAUGCAGCAGGGUUGGAACCAGGGUCAGAACUUCAAUAACGAGAUGCAGAAUAUGCAAAUGAGAAAUAUGCAAAUGCAGCAUUCUCCUGGAAGUCAGUUGUCGCCCCAGGCGAUGCAGAUGCAAGGCAUGAGCCAGCAGAACAUGCAACAGGGAAAUAUGCCACAAGGGGGGAUGACCACAAUUCCUGAAAAUGUUCCACAGCAAGGAAGGAUGGGUAACAAUGGUCAGGGAAACAAUAUGAACCAAUGGCCAGUUAUGAUGAACCAAGGUCAAGGUCAGAAUCAAGGUCAAGGUAGCAUGCUGCCACCUCAGUCUCCACAGAUGUUUGCGCCAACGCCGCCAAGCAUGCCAAAAAUGCAAAUGCAGAAUGGGAUGCCGAUGCAGAUGAACAUGCGACAGAAGACGGAACGUGCCAGUCCUCAGGUGCAGGUUCCUCAUAUAAGCCAAUCACAGAUACCACCAAAUGCCAAGACCGCAUCCCGGUUGCUGAGACAGCAACAGCUCAUGCAGCAGCAGCAACAGCAGAACAACCCUGGUAUGUUCAACAAUAUGCAGAUGCCGAUGCAGCAGGGUCCGAUGCCACAGAUGCAGAACAUGCCAGGGAUGCAGCAGAACUUCCACCAACAGAAGAUGUACCCUGGGGACAAUAUGGGCAACGGCAUGAACCCCAACAUGAACAGCAACAUGACACCCAACAUGGUGAACAGCAUGCCACCCCCGCCUGCCCCCCCACUUCCACCAACACAGCAACUGUUUCCCCCACAACCUGUACCCCCCAUGUUUCCCCAUCCGCCUAGUGGUAACACCCCCUCGGGCACCCCCCAGAACAACCGGCCGAGCUGCCAGAUCCAGCAGCCCCAUGGCCCCUUCCCCAACCAGCUUGAGAUGUCCCCGGGGUGCAACCAGGUGACCAGCAGCACCGACCCUGCCGAGACCACGGCGCCACCGAUUGAAGAUUUCAUGGACAACUUAACGUCAAUAUCGACUGAAAAUCUCAUAGACAAUAUAAGCUCAAUAUCACAGGAAAAUAUUUUCAGUCCAACAGCAGCCUCGAACCGGUCAGCAUCUCAGAGUUCCUCGCGGUUUAAUCCAGUGCUCAAUAUGAAUAAUAUGGCUGUAAAUGAUAUGAGCUCUGUGUUGACAACGUUAGCGGAGGAGAACAAGUAUUUGAACAUGAAGUAACAGAGUGUAGAGUGAGAUAGACGUGGAUGUUGGUGCAUAUAUGGACAUCUUGUACUGUCAUGUGUUUUCCCUUUUUAUCUUGCAUUUAUUGUGGCAUUAUGGGUGCUAUUGCUUACGGUGCAGCAAGGAGUCGUUCCUAGAAGGCAUCUUGCUGGACACAUUGCAACAUUGUUGUGAGUGUGACUCUUUCAGUGACUCGGUGUAACAGAAAGCUUGUUCAACAUGCAUUGGUGGAGUACAGUGAAAGUUUUAAUGUAGAAUCAUAUAUCAUUGUCAGUGGACAUAUUAUGGGUGACAUUGAAUCAUGUGUACAUUUACCUCAGGUAAGGUUAUUGAUGAUUCAGAAUCAGGUGACUAAAAUCUUUGGCAAUUGAUGAUGCAGUGUUUAAAUUAAAGAUUAAUUUCAACUUGUCAACCUUUGUGGCUGUGUGGGAUACAACACAGCAAGGGGAUAUACCGGGAAAUCAAAGAUCAUACUGACGCGGGAAGUCAUACCUUAAUUAUAUGCUAUGGAAAAAGGCAGACCCCAUAUAUUUGGAUACUGUUUUUGAUAUUUAAAGCAAACAAUACAAAAUAAAAUAAGCCCAUAUAUCUUUAUACCAUUUUGAAUAUUUAAAGCCAAGAAAUGCAAAAUUAAAAUAAGAAUUUAAUUGUAGUUUUAAAAUGAUAAUUUUGGCCAUAUAAGUGAAACAAUAACAUUUCAAAUUACAUCUGCAUACUUCUGAUUUUCUCUCAAUAACAUAUCAGAAAUAGAAAUAGAAAUGGUCUGAAGUUAAUACAGUCACUAUACCAUUGUGGAGGAUUAGCAUGAUGCCUCUAUCCUGAUACCACACAGCAUAAUAGGUAUGACCUUUGGCCAAUUUACAUGAAUAUAUUCUAAAUAUAUUCUUUCAGAAUGCAUGCCAAAAGAUUGGUUUUGAUCUUAACGGCAAGUGCUUGUCGUAGAAGUUGCACAUUAUUGUGAUAGGGUGUUAUUGAUAUUCAUAUAUACUUUCUUUUUUUUUCUCUCUCAUUUAUCGAAGCAUAAUAAGCAAGGUUUUAGUUGUUCUGUUUUUGUAUGCAUUGUUUAAAAUAUCUAGAGGUAACCAUUUUGAGACUUAGAUCUCCAAAUAAGGAGACAUUUCAUUACAGUUUUCUGUAAUAUCUUUGUUUUGUUUUGAUAUAUUUUCACUAAGAAAGUACAGUUGAUUGUUUUUGUCACUAUCAUGGUUUUUAGAUGGCAUGAUCAUUGUUCUAUUUCGUCCUGAAGUGCUGAUCUCGAUAAUAUUUGCAUAAUUAGCUAAGAAGGAUACAUGUAUUACAUAUUACUGCAGAGAUCAGUAUCAGCUUGAAGUGCUUGGCAAUGCAUUCCGUCAACUGAAAUUUACCAUAUCCAUUUAUACAUUUAAGAAGUUUCCCUUGAAAGUAAUUUUCACAGAAAACAUCGCAAUAUAAUUCUUAUGAUAUGGAAAAAAUAUAUACUGCCAUUGUGAAAAGAAAAUUGUUCAGAUGUAAAUGAAGUGCUUAUGAAUAGUUUUCAAAAUGUUGUUUUGUUUUAGAGUAUGUUUUGUUUGUACAGAUUUGUCCAUAUCAUGUUUGAGAAUGUAUACAUCUUUUUUAAAGAAAAAGUAUGUGCAAAUUUUAUUAUGAAGACUUUGAUAUUUUAUAGCAUCAUUGUGGUACUGAAACAAAGUUUUGGUUAAGAAUUGAGGCAAUGUUCUCUUCAUAAUCUGUCAAAUUGAAGUGACACAUUUUACUCAAGGCUGAGUGUUGGCCAUGUAACAAUGUGGAUCUGUAGAUUAGGAAAACGGAAAUUUUGAGGAAUGAAAUAGUUUUGACAUCAGGCUUAUUUUUUCGGUUCAUCACAUUCUAUUUGUGAGUGAAAUAUUUUCUUCUCAAAAGUAAAGCAAGUAAAGUUAAAUAUUUUAAGUGGUACUUGCCUAGAACAGGAUUGGACAAGUUAACAGUAAAGCGGACAGUUGUUUUCCUCAAUAGUCAAAGGGAGGCAAUUCUGUUUCUGUUUGUGAAUUAUCUCCCUUUGGGCUUUUUAAAGUUAGAUCAAUUACACAAUGUAUUCCAUUUUAAACAGCAAUUAUGAAAUUAGUAACCUGUUUCACUUAUCUUAUGUUUUUCAUGAGAAAUCCAUUGAUCAACUAUAUGAUUUGAAAUCUGUCUCAUUUUGAAAAUUCAGCCAAGAAAUAUGAGAUUUAAUAAAACAUUAUGCAAAGUAAGUAGUGUUGGAAAUAAGAAAGAUUUUUUUAGUGAACAUUUCUUUUAUAUAUCGUUAUCAAUACAUAAAGCUUUCAUAUAUAUUCAAAAUAAAUUUUUCAUUCAAGAAUGUUAAAUCCUAACAUGGUCAUCCAGCCAAAUUUGAUGUAAUAUUUUAGAAGGAUAAUGUAUCGGUCAAAUGAUUACCGUACUUGUCUUUACAAACCAAUUUUAAACAUCUUCCAACACUUUUUUAACAUAUUGUCAUAUCAAAUAUUUUACGAAGUUUCCCAUGUACAUGAAUUAGGGUAUAUAUGUAUUUUGGUGUCACAAAGGCAUCUUGCUCUAGUUGUGGAUGCCUGAAGCUGGUGAGAUAAGAUAAACAUGGUUAGAUCAGUCCCUUCUACUGAGAGACUAACAUUUUCACCACUAUCAAAACAAGCACGGAUAAAAGAGGGUGCACAUAAAAUAGUUAAACAAUUAAUGGAAAUAAUUCAGGAAAUCAUAAGCACAUUAGCAAUAAAUAAUUGUUUUUGCUUUGUUUAAAAGAUUCCUGAAAUGAAUUUCGUUAUUUACAUCAACAAGAUUAGUACGCCUCAUAGAGCGUGCACACUCUACACCGCUGUCAACAUUUUCACUUGAAAGUCUUCUAUUAUUAGGGGUGAGUCAGCUGAAAUAAUUCACUGCAUAAUUAUCUCGGUUUUUAAGACCAUCAGUGCAGCACUCCGUACUCAACCAUUAGCUUUUCGAUAAAGCCACAAGUUGCAGCCCGGUGGCCCCUCCCGAAGCAGUGGUUUGGGUAUCUAUACUGGUAUUUAAAUUGUUUUCCGUGACUCUUUGUCAAAAGUACUAUUGGGGAGUAAUGUGGUAUGCAUGUAACCAAUGGUUUCAUAUUAUUAAGAAAAAAACAUUUAAUUCAUUAUAGGAAUAAUUUCUUCUGCUGAAAAUAUAUUGGUCCAUAUUGAUGAGCUGAAUCAUUUUACUUACUGCCAAAUAUUAGUUGUCUCUAAACUAAUGAGCAAAUAAGGUGUAAAUUUGAUUUAACUCUCAUCUCCCUCAACUAUCCCUGUUCUCUCAAAUCUGUAAAUAUUUUAUCCGGUGUUUUUGGCAAGAGGGGAUGAUCUACUAGCUAUAAAUGCAUGUUUGGUUGCCAUAAUCGUAGAGGAGUGACUGGAAAAUGAUACAUUUUUUUCCACUUGAGUUUUCUCCCUUAACUGACAAUAUCAGAUCAUGAAAAGGCUGAACUCAGGAACUGGGGUAAAAUGAAUAUGUACAGAUCUCAAUUGCUAUAAAUGUGUUCAAUGCAAAUAAGUGCUAUUAAUAUAAAACAGUGGAUGAAUAUGUCCUGUUUUAGAUAUUGCUUAACCCAUUCUACAACAGCAUAAUUGAGAUUGUGUUUUAUAAUUCUAUAUCAACAGGAAGCGUAGAGAUUCCAACCCAGCAAUCCUUGAAGGGAGAUAACUCCGCUUAUAGUACCUACUCAUGAAUGUUUAUUCUGGACGUUGACACAUUGUCCUCAUUUCAUUGUUGUUGAACAACUGUGCAUAAUAUAACAGAGGCACACUACAUAUAUCAUUGAUGUUGGACAUAGACGAGAGAGAGUAUGUGUAGCAGGGUAGUGACGUCAUGCCAUGUUGGAAAUAUACUCAUACUCGAUGCAUUGUACAUUUUGUAUGAUACACUAUUUUUCUAACCCCUAGAAUCAAGCCACAUCUGGUGCCUGUAACUCAUGUCAUUUUUCGUAGACAGUGAUAGGAUGUAAAUAAAAAAGUGCUUGUUAAACAAGA